AUUGCCAGAAUCUGUCAAGGCAGUCCAUGUACUCAUUUAAUAGUACAAAACUAAAAAACCGUGUAAACAUGAUACAAAGCAGUAUGAAUUUGCAGUUCAUUCUUCACGUAAUUAUGCAUAUUUAUUUAUAUGUUUAUACUUUGCAGAGAAUAAUGUCUCCUUUUGAUAGUGAGGUUCUAGAAAGAGUUUUAUACAGAUGUAGUUGUGGAACUAGGAAACCAAUCUCAAGUUUAUACUUCUGCCGACAUUGUCUAGAUCUGAGAUGCGGGUUCUGUGUAAGCCACGAGGUGGACAGUCAUUACUGUCCGAACUGUAUGGAGAAUAUGCCAUCUGCAGAAGCAAGGCUCAAGAAAAACAGAUGUGCCAACUGUUUUGAUUGCCCACACUGCAGCCAUACAAUGAACACUAGAGCUUCUUCUGUAGCUGUUCCUAGUCAGGAAGAUCCAACCCGGAUGACCGCUAAGAAGGUUUACUACUUGGCCUGUGCUUUUUGUAGAUGGACCUCCAGGGAUAUUGGACUACCAGAUCAAGGUGUUGCUAGCGGGGGUUGGCCGGAGCAAGCAAACCCAUAUUCGGAACGAGUAAACGCUCUCCAGGAUUAUUACCGUGGUAUAGCUCAGAAGGAGAAGAUGGAGAAGGAGUCCCGAAGGUUCCCGGGGCGUAAACUCUCAUAUCUUCAACUCUCAGAUAAAUUCGGACUCUCAUCCGCAGUGUCAAGGAAAAGAUCUGGUUUGAGUUCUCUGAAUCUAGGAGGAGGUAUCCAGGGUAGGGAGGAUAUAGGCAGAUAUGUUGAGGUGACCCCAGCUGAACCAGUUAGUUUAAAUGAAAUAUCAGAUCUUCCGACAGAACUUCUCACAGAGGAACUAAAACUAUUCAACGUGACAACCUUAGAGCAGAGGUUUGCCCAGCUUGAGUUUCAGCCUGAAACAUUUAUUAAUAUUUAUCCAACCCAUAAACAUCUUAUGAUUAAAAGAUCUCAACGCUGCAGGAAAUGUGAGCAUAACCUAAGUAAACCUGAGUAUAACCCGACCAGUAUCAAGUUUAAGAUCCAGCUGGCCGCUUACUAUCAUGUCCCGGAGCUCAUCAUCUACAGCCUCGACACCCUCGUCAAGGACAAGGUCUCACAGUUCGUCAUUAAGGUGGUGAACCCAACUAACAGUGGGAGUGUGCUGGAGUUCAUUGAGUUGUCGAGGUACAAGGAGUUGGUGGAGGAGGAGGCCAGGAUCAGGCAGGAGAAAAUAGACAAGGGGGAGAUAGAGGAGAAACCAGCUUCAGCCAUUAAUCCUCUCCGCCAACCAAGUCUAGUUGAAGCCUCCGACCAGAAUAUGGAUAUUGCUACAGCUGAAGUUAUGCUACCAAAAGGACAAAUAUAUCUUCCCCCAAGGGAUGAUGCUGCUGAGUUUGAUGACGGUGCUGUAGACCUAGCAGGACAUGUGGAUAACAGGGAAGUCGUCGUCUGGAGGAAAAGUAACAAGGUUGGUAUACAGCUAGGUGUGAAGCCUAGUAUGGAGAAGGUUGUGGUUGGGUUUGCUAUUCAAUAUCAGUACACAAACACUGUGUUCGCUCUAGAUUCGAAGGAGAUUCACACAGCAACUGUACGUAUUCCUGUUUUCCUAACCCUCUCACAACCAGAAUAAUUGAUUAUUUUAUUUUAUUAUUAUUAUUAUUAUCAUUUAUCAUUAUUAAUAUGAUCAUGAUUCAUAAUACAUACUAACAAAAUAUGUUAGGAAUUAUAUGUAGACAAUCAAAGAUACCUCCAAUUAUUUAGAUAGUCUUCAGAUUUCCAUUUUGUCUACAUUUCACUUUUAUGUAAUCUUAAUUUCUUUUUUAGAAUUAAAUAUUAAUAUUUACUUUGAUAAAAACUUUAUAGUGAUAAGCGUACAUGACGCAACAUGUGAAUCAUGGCUUUAAGGGUACACAAUACACAACAUUACUUGCUACCAAACUAUCGUUGCCGAUAAUUGUAUUUAACAAGAAAUACUGGUCAUCAAUGUAAAUGCAUAAAAAAGUUUUUGCAAUUUAAAUUAAGAAGUAGCAACAUUGUGUCACAAUAACCUUGUUAGUGUGCUAUUGAUAAAGAAUAAUUUGCAUAUGAAUAUACAACUGAAAACAUUUCAGCUCUUCAUUAAUAUACUUUUUAACAUAAAAAAUUAGCUCAAAGGGACUGACUGUAAACUGCCUUCAUUGAGCUUAAUCAGCAAUUGUAAAUUAUAUUCAUAAACAAUUUCUUGUAUUUAUUUUCAACUGUGAUUGUUUCUCGUAAAAGUUUUUUUCUUUUGGGAUUUGAACAAAGCAAAUGUAUUGAAUUUAUUUUUUUAAUUAAAAAAAGAGAAUUUGUUCUUAAACUAAGUACUUAAUACUUAACAAUAAAGCUGUUUUGCAAUCAAACCUUAAUGUAGAAAAA